AUGGGGUUUGAUGGUGACAAGAAAAGGAAAUGCAUCAUCGCGGGUAGUGCCACUGGUUUGCUAGUCAUCAUCGUCGUUGUCUUUGUAGCUGUGGGAACAUCUAAAAACUCGCCCGACGAUAAUGAGACGAGGCAAAACACAAACAGCAAAGCGAUUAAAGCAGUUUGUGCGCCAACCGACUUCAAAGAGCUCUGCGUCAAAAGGUUAAUGGAGGCCUCACCAAAAUCCACUGAGCCUCUCGAACUCAUCAAACUCAGCUUCAACUUUACUAACACAUCCAUCAACGACAGCCUCACUGAGCCUAUUCAUUCUGAUACAGUUCACUAG